UCAUUCUGCAAACCAACCCUAUUUCAACAUACCAGUGCGUCCACCAUCACGACAAGCGACGUCACGCUUUUCUGGCGGUUGUCAAAAAACUUCCAUUUCAAUACAAAACAAAUGCACCAGUCUAUGCAGGUUAUUUGAGAAUCCUCAUGGGACUCGGGUUAUUUCACUGUUUGCCUAACCACCCCGUCAAGGCUUUUUGGCUUUACACAUUCAGUUUUGCUUUGGACAUGGUAGACGGACCUAUUGCAAAGUACCUUAAUCAAAUGAGUGUUUUUGGCACUCUCUUGGAUACGAUGAGCGACAGAGGAACGCUGCUCUGCAUGUUAGCGAGACUGUGUCUCCUCUACCCCAGACAUGCUUUCCUUUUGAUUGGAAUCGCGUGUACUGAUGUAUCUAGUCAGUGGAUGCACGGCUACAGUUCACUUUUGCUUGGAAGCAGAACCUACCAGACAAUCGGCCUAGAGUGCAUGCCAUUCCUUUCGCUUCCUAAAUUCACAAAAAAGGUGAUAUUUUGCGGAAGCAUAUUAUGUUAUGGAUUGUUAUACUUCACCACCUUCACCAAAGGACCGCGAGUUCCUGGUGUAAAAAUGGGGCUGUGGCAGGUAAUCUGUAUUGGCUGUUCUCCAUUCGCUGCCCUCCAGGUGGGUAAGACUCUAGUUGAGCUGGGAGAGGCCACCCUCAUCAUGGCGGCUCUGGACGCCCAGAAGGCUCAGAAGACGGGAAUAAUUAUGGGGGCUUUGGUUUCUUGAUCUUAGCAAGGAUAUGUAUGAGACUGAGGACAAGAAAAUCAGGGCUGGGAAGAUAUUUUAUUACAGGACAUGUCCAUAAAGGAACUUUCAUUGAUCGAAUUUUUAUUUUUAUCGUUUUUAAUGGCAAAUUGCUAUUCGUCAUACUCCGAAAAUUAAAGGUAUAACUAUGUUUUUACAGCUUGUAUUUAAUUCUACAAUAUUUUAGCAUUUUAUUAUUGUUAAUUCUAC